GGCGGGGCCGGAGCGUGUGGGGGGGCAGGUCUGCAUUGCCGCUUCCCGGGGACCCGGAGCAGUCGCGGCUGCCGCCAGCCCCGCGGCCCGGACCCCUGCCCUCAGCCGGGACUCCCUCACCCGAGGGAGCCAGCCCAGAUCUCCAGACGUGCCUGGAAGAGAAGCAGGCGGCUUUUCCUGAGUUAUCCUGGCUCCCCAGCUUAGCCCCCACAAGCUGGCUCCCCCUCCCUUUCCCGUCCCCCUUCUCCCCCUCACCCUUCCCUAUGCACCCAACUGAACUGGGUGUAGGCCGAACCUCCGUUCCCUCCUUUCUUCUUCCAGACCCUCAUUGGCCAGGUCCUAUUUUCCCCUAUUCUGUGCUCAAAUAUACGUACACACGCUUCAGCUAAGAAACUGGGAGAAGGGGCUUUCUGACUGGCCAGUCCUUGAGCAAAAGCUGAAUAAGGAGCAGGGAGUGGGGGACACCCGCCAUGGAAGAGGGCUUCAGAGACCGGGCAGCUUUCAUCCGCGGGGCCAAAGACAUCGCCAAGGAGGUCAAGAAGCACGCAGCCAAGAAGGUGGUGAAGGGCCUGGACAGAGUCCAGGACGAAUAUUCCCGCAGAUCCUACUCCCGUUUUGAGGAGGAGGAUGAUGACGAUGACUUCCCUGCCCCCGCUGAUGGCUAUUACCGUGGGGAAGGGGCCCAGGACGAGGAGGAAGGCGGCGCAUCCAGUGAUGCCACCGAGGGCCACGAUGAGGAUGAUGAGAUCUACGAGGGGGAAUAUCAGGGCAUCCCCCGGGCAGAGUCCGGGGGAAAAGGCGAGCGUAUGGCCGACGGGGCGCCCCUGGCUGGAGUGAGGGGAGGCUUGGGUGAUGGGGAGGGUCCCCCUGGGGGCCGAGGGGAAGCACAGCGGCAGAAAGAACGGGAAGAACUGGCCCAGCAAUAUGAAGCCAUCCUCCGGGAGUGUGGCCACGGCCGCUUCCAGUGGACACUCUACUUCGUGCUUGGUCUGGCGCUGAUGGCUGACGGUGUUGAGGUCUUUGUGGUGGGCUUCGUGCUGCCCAGCGCUGAGAAGGACAUGUGCCUGUCUGACUCCAACAAAGGCAUGCUGGGCCUCAUCGUCUACCUGGGCAUGAUGGUGGGAGCCUUCCUCUGGGGCGGUCUGGCUGACCGGCUGGGCCGGAGACAGUGUCUGCUCAUCUCGCUCUCAGUCAACAGCGUCUUCGCCUUUUUCUCAUCUUUUGUCCAGGGUUAUGGCACUUUCCUCUUUUGCCGCCUCCUUUCUGGGGUUGGGAUUGGAGGGUCCAUCCCCAUUGUCUUCUCCUAUUUCUCGGAGUUCCUGGCCCAGGAGAAGCGUGGGGAGCAUUUGAGCUGGCUCUGCAUGUUUUGGAUGAUCGGUGGAGUGUACGCCGCUGCUAUGGCCUGGGCCAUCAUCCCGCACUAUGGGUGGAGCUUCCAGAUGGGGUCCGCUUACCAGUUUCACAGCUGGAGGGUCUUUGUCCUGGUCUGCGCCUUUCCUUCUGUGUUUGCCAUCGGGGCUCUGACCACACAGCCUGAGAGUCCCCGCUUCUUCCUGGAGAAUGGGAAGCACGAUGAGGCCUGGAUGGUGCUGAAGCAAGUUCAUGACACCAACAUGCGAGCCAAGGGGCAUCCCGAGCGCGUCUUCUCAGUAACCCACAUUAAGACGAUUCAUCAGGAGGAUGAGCUGAUUGAGAUCCAGUCAGACACAGGGACCUGGUACCAGCGCUGGGGGGUCCGGGCAUUGAGCCUGGGGGGGCAGGUUUGGGGGAAUUUCCUCUCCUGUUUUGGUCCAGAAUAUCGACGCAUCACUCUGAUGAUGAUGGGUGUGUGGUUCACCAUGUCGUUCAGUUACUAUGGCCUGACUGUCUGGUUUCCCGACAUGAUCCGCCACCUCCAGGCGGUGGACUACGCAGCCCGCACCAAAGUGUUCCCUGGAGAGCGCGUAGAGCACGUGACUUUUAACUUCACCCUGGAGAAUCAGAUCCACCGAGGGGGACAGUACUUCAAUGACAAGUUCAUUGGGCUGCGCCUGAAGUCAGUGAUCUUUGAGGAUUCCCUGUUCGAGGAGUGUUAUUUCGAGGAUGUCACAUCCAGCAACACGUUUUUCCGCAACUGCACAUUCAUCAACACCGUGUUCUACAACACUGACCUGUUUGAGUACAAGUUUGUGAACAGCCGGCUGGUGAACAGCACGUUCCUGCACAACAAAGAGGGCUGCCAGUUAGACGUGACCGGGACGGGAGAAGGCGCCUACAUGGUGUACUUUGUCAGCUUCUUGGGGACCCUGGCUGUGCUUCCUGGGAAUAUCGUGUCUGCCCUGCUCAUGGACAAGAUUGGCAGGCUCCGAAUGCUUGCCGGCUCCAGCGUGAUGUCCUGUGUCUCCUGCUUCUUCCUGUCUUUUGGGAACAGUGAGUCAGCCAUGAUCGCUCUGCUCUGCCUUUUUGGGGGGGUCAGCAUUGCAUCCUGGAACGCGCUGGACGUGUUGACUGUCGAACUCUACCCCUCGGACAAGAGGACCACAGCCUUCGGCUUCCUGAAUGCCCUGUGUAAGCUGGCAGCGGUGCUGGGGAUCAGCAUCUUCACGUCCUUUGUGGGAAUCACCAAGGCCGCCCCCAUCCUCUUUGCCUCCGCUGCCCUUGCCCUCGGUAGCUCUCUGGCCCUGAAGCUGCCCGAGACCCGGGGGCAGGUGCUGCAGUGAAGGGGGUCUCUGGGGCUUCGGGGGUGGCAGGCACACUGUGAGACCAACAACUUCUUCCCUCUCCCUGCCCUUCCAUCCUGGCCCCCGGAGCCCUCACUCCCCACGCCCCUGUGUUUGGUGUCUUAGCCUUGUGUGUGCGUGCGUGCAUGUGUGUGACUCUGUGGGCAAGGACUCCAGGGAAGGCUCCUUCAUCCGGUUUCGGGAUGCAGCUCUACUCCCCACCCUUGACUUUGCACAAGAGAAGGCUUGGGCCCACCCUUCUCCCCCAGUGUUAGUAAGGGGGGCCUUUGCUCUUCUUGGCUCCAGGGGCUUCAGAACAGGCUUCCUGCCUUCCCCCUCAUUCCCUCUGCCUAAGCCCUGGGGAAAUCAUGGGCAUGUGGUUAUGCUGGGGGCUGGAGCUUGCUGUAGACCAUGGACCAAAAGAACUUGAACUUGGAGUGGGAAGGGCCUCGAGUGCUCUCUCAUGCCUCCUGUUGGAUGCUGGGGGAGUAGCAAUAAACCUCAGCCCCCUAGUCUCCACUUCCCUCUCAAUUUAGGCUAUAAGAAGCCUGAAUUUUAUGAAAUGAGCUUUCUGAUUCUUAUUUAUUUAUAUAUUAAGUUCUGAGGCAGCUCAUCAGGACUGUGUGUGUGUGACUGCGUGUGAACACUUAUGUGUGUGUGUGUGUGUCAUGGGGCGGGGUGUCACUAUACUGUCCUAAAAUACAAGCCAAGGGUAAUUUCAGAGGACACACAUACAACCCUGCCUUCCAUAGUACCUCCUGUCAUCUGCUUCUGUGCCGGGCCUGGGAGGGAGGAGCCCUGGGCCAGGCUGGGAUAAGAGGACCACACUCUAGGGAGAUCUGAGGGUACCUUCCCCCCUCUCAAGAAGCACAGGCCUCUUCUGGAGUGAGAGGCUCCACCCGUUAUAGCACAGAAAGUAACAGCACAGCUGCCCUCCCACCCCCGACCUGCCCCCUCACAGGCAGGGAGCAGGGGAGGGAAAGAAACCAGGUAUAUGGUCAAACCAGCAGAUCCAAAAGCACAAGGCGCUGGGGCAGGGGCAGGAAGCAGGGGCCCUCCCAGCAACCCAUCGACAGUGGAGAGGUUGGGUAGAAAGCCAGGGACCCCUAAUGCAGGGACCAGAGCCUCAGUUUUUCCAUCUCACCUUUUCCACACAAUAGCCCUGUAGGUUGAACUGCCCCCUACCCCACCCUACUCCAUGUGGCUGCUUUCUUUGGUGCACCCCUCCCCACCACUGUAGCUGUGAUGUGUUGUAGUUUUUAGCUGUUUGUAAAAUGUUAAGUUAAAAGGAAAACAGUGAAAACAACAAAAAAAGAAAAUCCAAAUUCACCCUCCUCAUGCUGCGUCUGGUGCCCCCACCCUCUAUGGCCACCACUCCCCCCGUUUUGUAACACCGAACCAGGUAGUGACUGUGUAACUCUUCGGUGUCUGUGCUCAAAGGACUGCCUUCUCCUCCAGUGCCCAGUGUAUGAGCGUGUGCCCUUCCCUCACCCUUCACUUGCUGGACGCAGCCCUCUCUCCUGCACCCCUGGAGGGACCCAUCCAUCUCCCUUGCUCUCCUGGGGAACCCUAAACCCAAUUCUGUUGAUGUGAAAAAUGACAUGAAACAUAUUGAUGAAAAAUAAAAACAACCAGUCCUUAAAUCCAAAA